AUGACUGGGGGAACCACUGCCCAGACAGACAAGGCCUGGUCCAGCGCUAGCUGGGUUCCACUUGCUCGAGCAACGGGAUAUUUGAUUGACCAUUCACUUCGACUCACUCCGUCAACCAUUGCAAUCGUUGUGCCAGUGCGGUUUUUGCGCCCGAGUACACAAGCACAUGUGGAUUACCAUGAAUCAGAUGGACAGGACACUUGGACGCAGACAAAUAAUUGGUCGCCAAUACGCCAGGCUGGUAUCGCUAUUUGUCUUGUAUCCUUUUGUCCCCCAUACAAUGUAUCAUGGGGUCAACACGAUGAUAUUUGGUGCGACACCAGACUUUACGGCUCGAGAGCUUGUGAUGAGAGCGAUCAAGAUGGCCAAUUAUGUAGUCCUGGCGCGCGUAAGCCUGUGUUUCGCACAAAAUCUCAUGGUGUUAAACCUCAAGAUAAUGUACGCAGGAAGAGACCCCAGAACCAGACCCAGAAGAUUAGAAAGUCUGGUGUCGCACCAAAUAUCAUCGUGUUGUGCAGUGAAACUCACCCUGUCCACCUGAUUCAUAGUAAUCCACAUGUGCUUGUGUACUUGGGCGCAAAAACCGCACUGGCAGAACGGUUGCAAAUCGCGAUGGUUGACGGAGUACAGACAUGGUCAAUCAAAUAUCCCGUUGCUCGAGCAAGUGGAACCCAGCUAGCGCUGGACUCACCAGGCCUGCAGGACCCGAGCAGAAACAUGUCCUAUUCCGUCAUAAGCGCUGAGCCUAUCUAUGACGGUCGUGCCCAGAACAGCGAACCUUCUCUGUCUGGGCAGUGGUUCCCCCAAUCGUAA